GAUGAUGCGCACUGACAGCGAUGCGAUGUUUUGUGCUUGUUUGUAAACAAACACCUUUGACAGACGAGUUUGCGGUCUUCUUGCGGAAAUGGGAGUUCGCGGACUGACCACGUUUAUCGAAACCAACGCGGAAGCGUACUUAAAACCGUUCGAAUUACACGAUACUCCGCUCGUAAUCGAUGGAGACAGCCUGUGUGCGCAACUGUUUUCAAGGACCAACCAAAAAACCACACCAUUCGGUGGCCACUACGAUGCCUACUUCCGACUGGUGGUGGACUUCUUCGACAUGCUCCGGGCGUGCCGGAUCGUGCCCUACGUGUUGCUUGACGGUGGAUACGAGUCACGGAAAAUCGCCACCGUCCGGGAGCGGAUGAAGCAGAAGGUGCACAGCAUCGCCCAGCUUAGCCUGGAGUCAACGCGCUACACGAUGCCACUGAUGCUGCGGGAAGUGUUUGUCGAUGCGGUCCGUGCGGCCGGCGUAUCACUGAUGCGGUGCGCUUUCGAGGCAGACGAUGAGGUGGCCAUCCUGGCACGCAAACUAGACUGUCCGGUGAUGAGCUACGAUUCCGAUUUCUACAUCCACAACGUACGCUACAUACCGUUCGUGACGCUAACGCACAAGAUCUACCGCAAGGUGACCGAUCCCAGUGGGGACAACUUUGAGAUCGGUAUCGUGGACCGGACAAAGGCGGGCACACGACACGAGGUAAAGUUUUUGGCCCAGUGUGGCGACGAGCGGUUGAUCCGGGGAGCGGAGAGCGUGACGUACGACUACCUCGACUGUUGCCUGUACACGAUCGAGAAUCUGAUCGGUCCGAACGAACGGCUUGGCAGGGAGAUGAUCCCACUGUUUGCCGUGCUGCUGGGGAACGAUUACAUCGAGCGGAAAGUCCUGGAGGGCUUCUAUCGAUCGAUCAAGAGCGGUCGCUCGAACCGCAAGAUCGGCCAACAGCAGAGAAGAAUCCGGGUGGUGUUGAAGUGGCUACAAAACCAAACGUUACAGUCGGCGAUCCGGACUAUCGUUAAUCAAAUCCGGGCAACCAACCGCAACCAGAUCUACCGACAGAUGCUGACCGCAAUGCGGGGCUAUAAUGUCGAGGAAUGUGUUUCAUUUGAAUUCUUCGGUUUUCGCCCGGAACAACCAUCGAUCGAUGGACCGUUGACUGAUGCAGAGGUUGAGCGCAAUAUAGUGGAUGGUUUAGGUGAAGUGGAAGAGGCCAGUGAGCAGCAUUCCUGUCCCAGUGAUGUGGCAUCUGGAGAAGAGGAUUUGAACGAAGAGUCGGAUGAAGAGGAUCAGGAUGAAGACGCUGUGUCCACAAACGACGACGACGAUGAUGAUGAUGACGAGCAACAGAGCGACUCAGAUGAACAGGAGUCACCGGGGCCAUGGCGUAAUCGGUAUACGGACCACCGAUGGCCCACCUGGUUCCGUGAGCUGUACCGUGAGGUACGAACGCCACGUUUUGUGGCCGAUCUGUACCACUCGCGGCUUUGCAUAAACUCGCCCCAGAUGGAGGACAUCGGCAAACCGAACAGCAACACAAUUAGUUAUCCGAUUCUUCACCUCAUCUUUGCACUACUCUCCAGCCAACAUCCAGGUCCAACGCGGACGAGCUUCCGGUAUAUCACGCGCAAGCAACGGAAACCGGGUGUGCGGUAUCAAACAUUCGAGGACAUUCAGCUACCGGAUGGGUUGCACUUUUCUCCGGAAGAUCCUUCACGAAACAUUGCCUUCAUUAAGCAUCUUUUCAGAGAGUGCGGUGUCACGGAAUGGGAAGAUCUAUUCGAUCGCGCUCAGCACCUACCGGCUAACAUGGCUCUCUACUUUCUUGCCAUCAUCUACUGGGCCAAGAACUGUGGCGAGGUGAAUGUGGCCCACGUGCAGGCACUGAUCGUGUGCGUGCUGCAGCUGCAAAUCGUGGAUCGCUGUUUGAAGAACCGGAACCGUGAUGUGGAUCUGUUCCACAAACAGCACAAACAGUUGCUCGAUGAGCGCAAAGAAAGGAAACCGGCCAAACCGGCAGUAGCAGUGGCCACUAAAUCCUUCUCAAGAACCAUCUAUCAACAGCUGACGGGUGGCGUACCGCGAACGGAACUGAUCCAAGCCUACAGUGCACUGAUUCGUCACUUUUCCGUCGACGAAAAGCUGCAUCGGAAGAACACGCACAUUGACCGGUCGACGGUGCACACGAUGGCCGAGUUUCAAUCGGUUUGCUUCAAUCUGUAUGCCCUCAACUCUCUGCUCGGUCCUCCGUUCGAUAGUUUGCGAAUGCAUGAGCUGUACAACAGCCUUUUCGUGUACAACGUACACGAGACGAUCAAAUCGCGCACGGAUCCGUGUGAGUACGUACGCGGCACCCUGUUCCGUGAUUCUGCCGGCCUCUACGAAGCGUUCACGUGUAUGGUAGCGUUCGUGGUACGAUACGUACCGGAACUGAAUGAACGCAAACGUGGCGCAGUAAGGCAAGCGAAGACCAAGUCUUCAUCCGCUGCCAUCGCAGGAGGCAGGAAAGGUGGCAAAAAGGUAAAUCCUCCGCCGGCUAAUGAUUGGCAGGCAGAAGAGCAACCGAGCGAUGGCGAUGGGGAGGAGUUUGUUGAUGUUAAUAAUAAGUUCAGCCAACUGUUGCUGGCCGGUGUGUAACGGCGUGCUUUUUCGAAAAAGAGAGACCAAUAAACCCACAAAUAAUGUUUGAAACGAAA